GCUUUAGAGGAGCUAAGGCUCGUAGUUUCCGGUAUUACCACGUGGAACUCCAGUUUGGAUUUUUUCGGCAUGGCGGUUUUUGCAGGCCCAGCCAAGCCGCUUCUGUCCCUGAACCCGCAGGAGGAGGCGAAGUUUCACAAGGAAGUGGCUCAGGUUCGCCGGCGCGCAACUAAGCAACAGAAGCAAGAAAAAGAAAAACUUACUCCUGGAGUACUUUAUGUGGGCCACCUCCCUCCAGCACUUUAUGAAACCCAGAUCCGAGCAUAUUUCUCGCAGUUUGGCACUGUUACGAGAUUCAGACUGUCCAGAAGUAAAAAAACUGGAAAUAGUAAAGGCUAUGCCUUUGUGGAGUUUGAAUCUGAAGAUGUUGCCAAGAUAGUUGCUGAAACAAUGAAUAAUUACCUUUUUGGUGAAAGACUCUUAAAGUGUCAUUUUAUGCCACCUGAGAAAGUACAUGAGGAACUUUUCAGAGAGUGGCAUAUUCCGUUUAAGAAGCCAUCAUAUCCAGCAGUGAAAAGGUAUAAUCAGAAUAGGACACUUCUUCAAAAGCUGCGGAUGGAGGAGCGAUUCAAAAAAAAAGAAAAAUUACUCAGGAAGAGAUUAGCUAAGAAAGGAAUUGAUUAUAACUUUCCUUCAUUGGUUUUACCUAGGAAGAAGGAAAAAAAGGUUUCAGCCACACCUGACACUCUUCAGAAGACUGUGAGCAGCCAGGACCCCACACCAGUUUGUACACCAACAUUUUUGGAGAAACGAAAAUCUGAAGUGGCUGAAAUGAAUGAUAAUGAAGAUAAUGAAAUAGUUUUCAAACAGCCCUUAUCUGGCAUAAAAGAAGAAACACAAGAAACUAAAACACCUACACGUUCAAGGAAAAAAAGAUGAAGAAAAAGCCAUCAGUGAUUCUGAAUAUAUCAUGUAUACAUUUGGAAAAUGUGAUUUUAUGGUGAGGGCUGGAUAUUUUGUUUUGUUUUGUUUUUGCAUUUAAAUAGAUAAAGUAGAGUGCAGCUUUCAACAAGAUUAGAAGAAACACUGUUGGUUCAUGUCCAUAAGGGAAGUAAUCAGUAAUUGUGGCUUGCCCGCCCUAGCUGAAAUAUAGGAGUGCACACACCAUCUUACCAUAGCCAAGCUUAUGGUGCCUCUGUCCCAGUUUCUUCUAGUUUCCUUUGCAGAUUUCAUCGCUGUCUCUAGUGACUCCCUGGAUGGAAGGGUCACUAUUAACUGCAAGUUUAGGUACUGAACUGCAGUGUUUGUUGUUAGCACCAAAUAAAAUAAAACCUUGCUUAAUUAACUACAUGGUUUUCUAUGUUAGGCUGUGCACAUUUAACUAAUAAGGGUACUUUAGACUUCAAUAUGAGAUGGUUGACACUGAAAGUUAAAUUAUGGAGAGCGAGAAGGCAGUUCAUCUAUUAACACAGAUUCAUUUAUGUAUAUUUGCUCAUUUACUAAUGUUAAAUUAGUUUUUGGUAUAUUAGCAUGAGUUACCAACUACCAUUUUAUAUCAGUAUCAUCAAUGUGAAGUUCUAUUUGUGGUUCAAACUGACCAGCAAAUGAGCUUUAUUUGUAUACAGGUGGGACUUGGGUGUCUUGAAGCAAAGUGGGUUUUCACCUCAAAUAUUUUUAAGUUUCUGAUGCUUGUGAAAUGUGCUUUUGAAUUAGCUAAUCCAGAUUCAUUAAAAACUGCCAUAAAAAAAAA